AUGGAUCCCUUCUCCCUCGCCGCAAGCAUCAUCACCGUCAUUGGCGCUACCAAAACCGGCAUCAACGGCAUCAAAGUGCUACGAGGUGCUUCCGACGGGCUGGAGGAUCUGCUGGCCGACAUUUCGCAGUUCGAAGCCGUGUUGGAAGCGAUCCAAAACCUACCUGGUGCUCGCGAUAAUGCUGACUCCGAGCUGAAAAGGCUGCUUGAAAGUGGUAGCAAAAAAGUGGUCGAACUUAACUCUCUGGUCCAGUAUCGGCUGACGAAAGCUGGGGAAAGCAGCAAAGUCGACAGAUUGCAAUGGAUACGCAGUGGGCAUGACGUUGAACGGCUACGUGGGCAGUUGAGAGAUAUCAUAGCUAAUCUGGUGGCCUUGGUCGGCGUCAACACCAGUACAACCGUACAACACGUAUCCCAAGUCACCAGUCAAGUACUCUUUGAGCAUCGACAACUAAGCAGCCAGAUGGCCGCUUUCGCUACACAGGUAACGCAGCUACUGGAAGGGUCUCCGCCCACUCGAGCCGCUCUAGCUGCAUCCAUGGGUGAUGUUCGACAAGUGGCCAUCGAAUCAAGCUCCCAACCGAACUUUACAACUACCGAGAAUAGUAUAGCACUUCAGUCGAGCCAGCACAAGUCCCAUCUCGAUCCUCAAAACGAUCUCUACAUCCGACGAGUGCGGACAAUCAGCUUGUGUAACAAAUAUUGCGUCUGCAAGUGUCAUGUUCGAAGAAAACUCGGCCCCUCAGGCAUCUUCUCCAAACUCAUCGGCAGUGGCUAUAUCGAGACAGCUGGUCCUUCCAUAUUUGGGACUCAGUGCGAUAUCGAGCUAUGCAGGGCUCGCGCUGCACCGCGCGUAUCUGUACAGUAUCGUUUACCGCGGUGGCUGAUAAGUCGUAUGAUCUUCAUGUGGUUCACUUCGUCUCCGCCUUACGCUCCGGAGUUUGUGUUGAGAGUUCCACGGGUCAUAGACUCUUUGAAUGACAUCGCUUUCAAGGCAGUGUUGGAGAGAAAUCUUGAUUUGCUGAAAUCAGUUAUCACUAACGGAGAUUGUACGCCGUAUGAUAUUGAUACACUUGGGAGAACUCUUCUUGCUGUAAGAAUAAACAUAAAGAUAUUCAAUUUUGAGGUGAACUGUUAA